AAAAGGUAAUUGAAACCAACCCUAAGCUCCUCUUAUCUCUAUUCUAAAAGUAGCCCCGAUUAUUGCUGACUUAAGCAUCGGAGUGUCUACCCCGAGUUCAACCUCCCGGCUUUGCAGGUCAAUCCAGAGUGCAAACGUGGACUGAAGAAGGACUUUUGGUUUGGUGCAAUUACAUUUGACGCCGUCUGUGGGAAUCCGAACUGAAAGCUCUCUUGUUGCUUUCAUCAUUGUUAACACUCGAUCAGUCCGAGUUGGAAACUCAUCUCAACCUCUUGGACGAGGUCAAGUCCCCAGCAACCUUCCGCCUCACCUCCCACCUCCGAUCCCAAAUAUGUUCCCUCCUAUUGAUCAUGUAGAAGGAGGAGAUGAAAAUCAACCACACAAUUCAGCUCACAAUUCAGCUUCCACUGCCAACCAAGACGUAGUUGCAGCUCAGCUUGCUGCCAUGCAACAACAGUUUGCUCCACAGCAAAAUCCUGAACCAGUUCAGGAUGCUCCUACUCUUAGUGAAUCUCAGAGUCAAUCUCACAUAGCGCCAGCUCGACAACCCCUUCCUGAUGAUGUCACUCGACGUCUAGCCAGCUUAGAAAAGCUAGUAGCUAAACAGCGAGGUGCCCCCUUUCCACACCAUGCUGCUGACUCCAUACCCCACCCUCUAAACACCAACAUCACACUGGAACCCUACCCUGCUGGCUUUAAGAUACCUCAGCUUGAGACUUAUGAUGGGACGAAGGAUCCCAAUGAUCACUUACAUGCUUUCUACUCUUGCAUGCAAGCUCAGAACACUUCUGACGCAUUGAUAUUCAAUGAUACAGAACUGGAAGUUAGCUCCUUCGACCAGGCUGUGAGAAUUGCAGCUGUGAUCUUAGGUCUUAACCAUGAGAGAUUCAGGGAUAGUUUGCUCAAGUAUCCUGCUACUACCUUUAGCGAGGUGAAUGAUAGAUCUUUGAAAUUCAUAACUGCUGAGGAGUAUGCCUUGUCGCAGAAGCCAACUCCCUCUAAGAACCAAAACUCAGACUGGAGAGAUGAGAAUUUGAGCAGGAAAUGGAUGAAGACAGCACAGAAUCGAGGUCCGAUGUUGACCGCCACACAAAGAUUCGGAAGGCCAACUCAGCACCUCCACAACAGUUUGCAGGUAAACCUCCAGUUACUCGGACCCCUUUUAACUUGCCGAGGGGUGGUAACACCUCACAACGACCCUUUGGUCAUCUCAGUAAUGAUCAACAAUUGUCAAGUCCAGCAUGUACUUGUUGACACUGGUAGUGCACCUGAUAUCAUGUACUACCACUGUUUUGAGAGCCUAGGGCUCGACCCAACUCUACUACAACGUUACAAUGGUCUCAUAUAUGGCUUCAACAACCAACCAGUUCCAGUCGAAGGGAUCCUAACCAUGAACAUUGCAUUUGGAACAAAUAUGCCGGGGAUUCCCACCUCAGUAUCUCAACACAAACUCAGCACCAAUCCACUCAAGAAACCAGUAGCCCAGAAGCGACGCCUUUUUGGGUGGGAAAGAUUAAAGGUCAUCAAAGAAGAAGUUGAAAAACUCUUACAAGCUGACUUCGUCAGAUGGGUCAAUUACUGCGAAUGGGUCGCCAAUCCUAUGUUGGUGAAAAAAGCAAAUGGCAAAUGGUGGAUGUACAUCGAUUACACUAACUUCAACCAGGCAUAUCCAAAAGACUGUUACCCAAUGCCAAACAUUGAUAAGUUGGUUGAGGUAGCUUCGGGAAACGAAAGAUUAAGUCUCUUGGAUGCAUACUCUAGCUACCACCAAGUUCUAAUGGCUCUUGAGGAUGAAGAAAAAACCUCGUUCUAUGCCGGCGAUGAAAUCUAUUGCUAUGUGAUAAUGCCCUUCGGCUUGAAAAACGCAGGUGCUACUUACCAGAAGAUGGUUACCAUCGUAUUUCGAGCUCAGAUAGGCCGGAAUCUGGAAGUUUAUGUUGAUGAUAUCGUGGUGAAGAGUUUGAAAGCUGAAGAUCACUUAACUGACCUUGAGGAGACAUUCAACAAUCUUAGAAAGAACAGAAUGAGAAGGGGGAUUGAGGUUAACCCCAAGAAAAUCAAAGCAGUAGCCGAGAUGGAACCAUCGAAGUCAGUAAAAGAUGUACAGAGGUUGACAUGGAAAGUGGCAGCUCUUCAUAGAUUAAUCUCGAAAUCUGCAGAUAAAUGCCUGUCAUUCUUCAAGAUCAUGAGAUUGGCAGUCAAGAAGGAUGAAUCUAACAAACAAAAGAAAUUCGAAUGGAAUUUAGAAUGCCAAGCUGCAUUUGACGAGCUGAAGUCUUAUCUUAGCUCACCCUCUUUGCUGACAAAUGCUAAUGAUGGAGAAAUACUUUACUUGUACCUCGGCAUAUCAGAUGAAGCCAUCAGUUCUGUGCUAGUGAGAGACGAAGGGAAGCAACAGAAACUAGUUUAUUACACCAGUAAUGUGUUACAUGGAGCUGAAAUCAGAUAUUCUAUUGUUGAGAAAGCAGCCUUAGCAAUUAAGCCAGAAUGCUCAGGAAGAUUGAUCAAAUGGGCAGUUGAGCUGGGAGAAUUUGAGAUAACAUUUCAGCAGAGGUCAACAAUCCGAGCUCAGGCCUUUGCUGAUUUCAUAGUAGAAUGCACCUCGGCUCACUCUGAUUCCCAACCCGGGCUGGACAGCUGGAUUCUGUAUGUCGAUGGAGCAUCAAGUAACAAAGGUUCUGGUGCUGGUGCAAUCUUACUUGGCCUAGAUGGGUACAGAAGUGAACAUGCUCUGAAAUUUAACUUCGAUGCAACAAACAAUAUGGCUGAGUAUGAGGCUCUGCUACUUGGCUUAGAGUUGGCAAUAGAGCUAAAGGUUGCAGCAGUACAAAUAUACAGUGAUUCACAACUAGUAGUCAAUCAGGUCAACUCAGUCUGUGAAGUGGUUGAUCCUAUUAUGAUGAACUCCAAAUCGGUUUUUGUUGAAAUUAUGGACGAGCCUAGCUUCUUAAAGCCAAAAAUGAUGGAGAUCAGCACAGAUCCUAGCACACCGAGCUGGACAGAUCCAAUUAUCUCAUUUUUACAAGAUGGAACAGUGCCUAUGGAUAAACAAGAAGAGAUGAGGUUGAGGAAGAAAGCAUCUCGGUAUACCCUUGUUAAUGACGUCCUCUACAAGAGAUCUUUCUCACUCCCUCUACUCUGCUGUUUGAACCCUUAUGAGGCUGAAUACGCACUUCAAAAAGUGCAUGAAGAUGUCUGUGGAAGUCACAUAGGUGCUCGAACUUUGGCUCAUAAAGUCCUUAGACCAGGGGUAGGAGGUGUAACCCAUCUGAUUAUUGGUGUGGAUUAUUUUAUGAAAUGGGUUGAAGUUCGGCCAUUAUCCAGUCUAACCUCUAAGAAGGUCGAAGACUUUGUUUUUAGCUCAAUCAUUUGCAGAUAUGGAAUCUCGAAUCAGAUUGUGGCUGAUAAUGGAACUUAGUUCAACUGCUCCUCAUUCAGAGAUUUCUGCUCUAGUUAUGAGAUCAAAUUGUAGUUCACCUCGGUGUACCACUCGGAAUCUAAUGGGAUGGUGGAAUCUGUUAACAAGGUUAUACUUGAGGGGAUAAAACCAAGGUUAGAGC